AUGUGCAAGGAGUUGACUCCGCUUAAUAGGAGGAACCUAACAUCCUUCAUCAACAACGACUACAAGUGGGUAGAAACUGCCCUGUUGAACAGGCUGGACUCUCAGUUGGCAGAGUGCAACGUCCUCCGCUGCUGCUUCAAGGCCAGAGACUUCAUCGCAGGUGAAGAUCACCUUUCCAACAUCAGGGACACGAUAUGGGUGUCCAAAGAGUUUCUUAAGAACGGCUGGUGCCUGGAGGCCUAUAUCCUGGCUCAGAGCAGGAUGCUGGAGGAGCUCAGAGAUGUUCUCAUCAUGGUGAUCGUGGGGAAAGUCCACCAUUACAGACUGAAUAAACUUGGUUUGAGCUUUACUAGUCGUCCAUGA